AUGGCCAUCUGUGGGAACAAGCGCUGUGUCAAUACUUGCUACCUAACUUGUUUGCACCAAGUCCCCAACCCCUUGCUUGGGCAGAUCCGCCCUUCCCAGUGCUGCAGGGCCCCUCCCCGAGAAGACCAGGCCACCUGUCCACCACAUCUCCAGACCAGCACAUUUUGCGGGACCUCAGUUCCUGCAGCAGCAGGGGCAGAAAAUCAGUUGUCGGAGAGACCCCGCUGCCACACCGACUGCUUAGAGGCACCCCUUUCCCACGCCUUCGGAAGGCUGGAGUGGGAGGUGGGCUCACACCCCUGGAUCUUCCUGCUGGCACCCAUGCUGCUGACGGCCGCUCUGGGCACUGGCUCAAUUUACUGGCCCAAGGAUUUCGAAGAAAACCUCGAGGAGCAGUACACCCCCAUAGGGAGCCCAGCCAAGGCUGAGCGGCGCUUUGUGCAGGGACAUGUCACCGCCAACGACUCUUACCGCUUCUCCAUCUCCAGGAAGAGCACCGAAGUCAAUUUCCCUUGUAUUCUGGCAGUCUCCAACACGGCCUCACUGCUGGAACAAGAAAUCCUAGAGGAAAUUGGUAAACUGGAUGACGUGGUACAGGAUCUGUAUGUGACAGAGGAAAACGGAACCCAGAUCCGCUACAAACUCAGAUUUUGUAUAGUCAGGAGUUUCAAACUUCGGGUUUUUGCAAGAAACUUUGGAAAGCAUGCCAGGGAUUUGCGGGAAGAAGUGGUCUAUUUCACGUCACUUUCCAGACAACUGGAAUUUGAAACAACUUCUAUGACCGUGAUCCCUUUGUUGCACUUGGCGUACCUGCUAAUCAUAUUAUUUGCAAUCGCAUCAUGCUACAGGAGUGACUGUGUACGCAACAAAAUGUGGGCGGCAGCCUUUGGAGUGAUUUCUGCGGCCUUGGCAGUGGUGAGCGGUUUUGGCCUGAUGUUGUACAUUGGGGUGCCAUUUGUGAUCAUAGUUGCAAAUUCGCCGCUUCUUAUUCUGGGUGUUGCGGUUGAUGAUAUGUUCAUAAUGAUUUCUGCCUGGCAGAAGACUAGCCUCGUAGAUAACACAAAACAGCGGCUGUCCAGUGUCUAUUCCAAAGUGGCAGUGUCGAUUACCAUCACCACCAUCACCAACGUCCCAGCCUUCUAUACAGGGAUUAUGACCUCUUUCAGGUCCAUACAAUACUUUUGCAUCUAUACGGGAACAACCCUGCUCUUUUGUUAUUUCUAUAACAUCACCUGUUUUGGAGCAUUUAUGGCUCUGGAUGGUAAAAGAGAAGUAGUCUGUCUACGCUGGUUGAAAAAGCCAGAAACUCCUGACCAAAAAUGUUCCUCACUGAAAAGGUCCUGCUGUCUCCCAUGUGAUUCUCUCCCGGAUGAACAAGAAACUGAUAUCCAUCCGAUGAAUUUGUUCUUUCGAGACUAUUUUGGCCCUUUUCUCACAAGCACUGAGUCCAGAUUUUUUGUAGUGCUUAUAUACAUUUUGUACAUCAUAAGUAGUAUCUACGGGUGUUUCCAAGUGCAGGAAGGUUGAGACCUUCGAUAUUUGGCAAGUGACGAUUCCUACAUCACACCAUGUUUUAAUGUAGAAGAAGGAUAUUUUUUGGAUUAUGGUCCCAGGGUUAUGGUUGUUGUUACUGAAACUCUUGACUACUGGGAUAAAGAUGCUAGGCAAAAACUGGAACUAUGUCCGGCAGAUUUGGAAAACAGUGACUAUGUAGAUAAAAAUCUCACAGAGUUUUGGUUAUGAGAGUAUGUGCAGUAUAUGGAAAACAGCAAGCAAGAUGUAAAUGAUAAGGACACUUUUAUGAAUGGCUUGCCCAAUUUUUUAACACGUUUUCCACUUUUUGUGUCUGAUACUAAUAUUUCAUCGUCACAUGAAAUCAUUUCUUCCUGGGGCUUCGUUCAAACCGUGGGUGUUUCUUCUUCAGCCGAUAAUAAGAAGGUGUUAUCCCAGUUACGAAGCAGAGUUGAAAAGUGCGAAUUCCCCCUAAUGGUGUAUAACCAGGCAUUUGUAUAUUUUGAUCAGUAUACCGCUGUAUUAGAAAACACUGUUCGAAAUGUCAUUGUUGUAUCAACCGCCAUGUUCGUUGUUUCCUUAUUGUUAAUUCCUCCUCCACUGUGUUCCUUGUGGGUAACUUUUGCUACUGCUUCUGUGAUUGUGGGAGUAACGGGUCUCCUGGCAUUCUGGAAUGUCAGUCUCGAUUCCAUAUCCAUGGUUAAUCUUGUCAUUUGCAUAGGGUUUUCUUUCGAUUUUUCUGCACACAUUUCUUAGGCAUUUGUUUCCAGCUCUAAGCCGUCAGUAAACCAAAAAACAAUUGAGGCAUUGUAUGGGCUAGGCUACCCACUGUUACAAAGUGCACUUUCAACAGUAAUAGGGGUGUGUGUUUUAUCUGCAGCUAAAGCAUACAUCUUCAGGACAUUUUUUAAGAUUAUGUUUCUUGUUAUGGUAUUUGGGGCUGCUCAUGGCCUAAUUUUUAUUCCAGUAUUCUUAACCUUUUUUUGA